AUGGCUUACUGUUUGGAGAUUAUGUCUACUCAAGCCAUAAACCCAAGUCAUGGCGGUUCAAUUUUCGGGCAUAGAGUGAUUCACCGUGACCGUGAAGAUGAGCACGACAAUUACUUUGUGCAACAGAGAGAUACAAUCGGUAGACUAGGCUUGUCUACUUUACAAAAAGUAACAGCAGCAUUUCGAAUUUUGGCUUAUGGAGUAGCAGCAGAUGCAACCGAUGAAUACAUCCAAAUUGGGGAAUCAACAGCAAUUGAAAAUGCUAAUGAUGUUGCAAGGUUUCUUGAAAUUGGUGAGAGGCGUGGCUUUCCAGGGAUGCUUGGGAGUUUAGACUGCAUGCACUGGACUUGGAAAAACUGUCCAACAGCUUGGGCCGGACAAUACGCUGGGCGUAGUCGAGAACCAACUAUUGUUCUCGAGGCCGUAGCUGAUUAUGAUUUGUGGAUUUGGCAUGCACAUUUUGGUUUGCCGGGGUCGAAUAAUGAUAUUAAUGUGUUGGAGGCAUCACAUUUGUUUGCAAACAUUGCAAAUGGUACGGCACCUCCUGCUCAUUAUGUUAUUCAAGGGAAAGUGUACGAUACAGGAUAUUAUUUAGCUGAUGGGAUAUAUCCGAAAUGGUCAACCCUGGUACCAACUAUUCAUCAGCCCCUAGGACCAAAGAAAAAGUUAUUUGCAAUGAUGCAAGAAGCAUGUAGAAAGGAUGUAGAACGUGCAUUUGGGGUCCUUCAAUCAAGAUUUGCAAUAGUCAAGGGACCAGUACGUCUUUGGGAUAAACAUGUAUUGCAUGAUAUAAUGACAUCAUGCAUCAUAAUGCAUAAUAUGAUAAUUGAAGAUGAACGUGAUGAGCAAGUCGAUAUACAAAGUUGGAGAGAAGCACCGGCUCCUGAGGUUGAUAUAUGUAGAGAUGAAAGAAUUAUCUUUGAAGAGUUUCUUGCUCGACAUAGGCAAAUCAAAAAUAAAGAAGCGCAUUAUGCGCUUCGUGAUGCAUUGAUUGAGCAUAUGUGGGAACAUUAUGGUAAUUCUGAUAAUUAA